CCAAUAAUCAUCGUUUGGAUCAACAAAUUGUACCCACCCAAUUAAUCAUCGUUUGGAACAUCAGAUUCAUACAAAUUCACCAACCCAAUCAACAAUAUUUUGGAUCCUGCGGAUUAAAAUUUACCCACCCAAUCAACUGCACAGCAAAAACAAAUACGUGGAAAAAAUUUGACAUGGCCCCUCAAAGCAGUACGAAGUCCAUUUGCAGCCGCCAAAGCAGCCCCACAUUCACUGUGCGAUCCCUCAGCUCGACUCGUAGCAUCAGCCCACUCUCCGACGAAGGAACCCUGGCAAGACGCCUGCAUCGCUUUAAAGCGACCCUUUCCCCCAUUCGAGAGGAGCGUGGAAAUACGAAUCGCACGGCCCGACGUACCAUCAGCCGUUCCUCUAAUAGAGAAGAACGAGGAAGUACCCAUCGCACAGCCCGGCGUACUAUCAGCCGUUCAUCAAAGCGAACGCACAAACACGUCGCCUGUGGAUUGUGUAAAAAAGACCAUCGACUGGUAACGUGUUCAAAAUUCACCAUAAUGAACAUUCGCGAAAAGUUUGACGCAGUCAUUAAACAUAAGUAUUGCGUCAAUUGCUUGGCCAGAUCGCAUUCCACCCAAAAGUGCACAAGUAAAAAACGAUGUGCCACGUGUAACGGGGAACACCAUUCAACCCUACAUGGACACCCCAGGUUGUUUUGCGAAGAGCAAAAGAAAACAGCAAAAGGCAAAAAGCGAUUACACGGACAAGAGGAUCUACCCACGUUACUGGCCAAGCCGACCCUCGUCCCAACCGUCAUGGUCAAAGUGAAACACGAUGGCAAAUGGCACAAAAUGCGAGCCAUAAUAAACCCGACCCGAAAAGUGACCAUGAUUGCGUCAGAACUGGUCCAGAGUCUGAGGUUACCGAAAACGUACCUCGACUCGUAUCGUAUAUGUAAAGUCGUAAUCGGAUCAUUAACUGAUUCCGACUGGCACGCCGAAGUUAACUGCCUAUUGACGCAUGAUUUACCGACCCGACCCUAUAAUCGUGACUUAAGUGGCGAAAUCAUUAAAAAGUUCGACCACUUAGUCCUAGCCGACCCUACAUUUUGGAAAGACGACAAAAUCAUGUUGGAACUGGGAGCUGACAUCUACCCAAGAUUGAUGAAACCCGGCUUAUUCAACCCCGAUAACAGCACCGUGAUCGCACAAAACACCGCACUCGGUUGGACUUUAACCGGUGCUUGUGCGAUUUAA